AAGACAGGCAUCUCAAUUUGGAUGAUUCUGUAUGCUGAAGCUUCUUUCAUCUUGAUAAAACGAGGCUCUGUCUGCAGCUGACUGCUCCAAGAUGCUGACGAUGCUGUUAUUCCUCUCCACACUGGUGGGCCUCUUCACUGCAGCCAAAGGACAAGCAUUCCACCUUGGGAAAUGCCCAACUCCUCCAGUGCAGGAGAAUUUUGACGUGAAUAAGUAUCUUGGAAGAUGGUACGAAAUUGAGAAGAUCCCAGUGAGCUUUGAGAAAGGAAGCUGCAUCCAAGCCAACUACUCUCUAAAGGAAAACGGAAACAUCAAAGUUCUAAAUCAGGAGCUGAGACCUGAUGGAACUGUGAACCAAAUUGAAGGUGAAGCCACCCAGAGCAACCUCUCAGAGCCUGCCAAGCUGGGAGUUAAGUUUUUUAAGUUGAUGCCAUCAGCACCGUACUGGGUCCUGGCCACCGACUAUGAGAACUAUGCUCUUGUGUACUCCUGCACCACCAUCAUCUGGCUUUUCCACCUAGAUCACGUUUGGAUCUUGGGAAGAAACCCCUAUCUCCCUCCAGAAACAGUGACCUCUCUAAAAGACAUCUUGACGUCUAAUGACAUCGACGUCGAGAAAAUGACAGUGACAGAUCAGGUGAACUGCCCCGACUUCUUGUAAGGAAACUCUACAGGGAGCCAUAGUCACUCCAUGUCACUUCUUUUGCUUUGCUUUCUCUGACUCUGCCCAACCCCGUCCCUAAUGAAGACACGCAACAACCAACCAUGACAAGCCACUGCAAGUACCAGAAGGGAAGUUUGACUACAGAAGUAAUGGAGGGGAACUCAUGGAAAGUUGGCCCAAACACAGCUAUGCCUGCCCUGCUACUCUGCUAGUCCAAUAAUAAACACAUUGCUGACCUGCUGUGGCUCACAGUAGAUUCCAAAUUGGGUUGGUUAUUGUGGGUUUUCAUUAUAAGUCUGUUCUUAGAAAUCCUGCAACAGUUAGGUUGAGAAAAAGUAAGUUCUGAAGUGUCCUAGUUCAAAGGUAGCAGUCCUGUUCAGAAAGGGGAAAUCUGAUGGUGAAGACAUAUUCUGGUGACCUAGAUCCAGUAGUCCAUUCUGCAGUAGAUACUCCUUUAGGGGGAAUGACUUGGGGGUUUCCAGCCUCUGACAGGGAGUUCCUUGAAGUUUUUACUAUUUCAUAGGAAUUCUUCAGAGUAAGGCUGAAGAAUGGCCAUCAGGGUCCACGCAAAGAAGAGGAGAGUGCAUGAGGGAGAAGAUAAUGGAAUUUUUUUCUUGAUGAGUUUAAAAAAUUGUUGUAGUCUUUCAUGCACUUGAUAUUGCCGAGGCCCAACUGCAUUCCAGGCAUAGAAAAAUCCAGACUCCCUAAAACCCUUCAGAAGUUUGCAGUCUAGAAAGAGAGACAAGUCUUUACUUGCUUGCCAUUUUAACUUACCAAGGCAGGAAUACAGGGGAGAGGCUGGCAGAGGUGCCCUGGGAGCUCCAAAGAAGUCCCAACCCCUGUAAGACACAGGCAGCCAAGGUGGUGCAAUCCCUCCUCGUGGCCUUCCCACUUUCCUGCUCCACCAGGAAGUCAGGAACCACCUGGAAUUGGGCUUUAUAUCUUGUGACUUUUAAAAUCAGAAAGCCC